AAGAAGGUACACAUCAACCAGAGCAAGGUUGCCAUUCCGGCGACCCUCUUGCUUUGGCAUCAGGCUCGGCAGCAGCUCCGGCGCCAGGUUCGGCAUCGGCUUUGGCACCAGCUUCGGUGUAUGAGUGGGCGUGGCUGCUCGCAGGCACUCAGCAGGCUCGGACGCCCGAGGCUCGGCAGCAGACUCGGAAGCAGUGGGGUCAAGGUGGGGAGGUUUGGCAGGAGAAUGGGGAGGAAGGGAAGAAAGGUGGACAGGCAAGGGAGCGACGAGGGGCAGGUGUGGGGGAAAGAGGAGGAGGAGGAGGAGGAGGAGGAGGAGGAGGAGGAGGAGGAGGAGGAGGAGGAGGAGGAGGAGGAGGAGGAGGAGAGGGAGAAGGAGCGAAUCUGCCUGCUGUGCUAUUAGAGGCGGUGGAGGGGGCUCGCCUGUCCAGAAGAGACUUCCAGAGGUGGCAGGCGCAGGGCGAGCUGUCAGCACAGGCAAUGGGAUGCUUUUUGCGGCUGCGGCUGGGCAGGAAGGGCGAGCACAUGGGGGGCACAGGGUACUGCAUGGGACGAAUCACAGCGAUUUCCAGCAUGAGCAAGAAACCGCCCACAGCAGGCACAGGGGCAGGAGGAGAGGGGGAUGAUACAGGGGCAGCCAAAGGAAGCCUAGCAGGACCACCAGGGCCAGCCAAAGGUGUCAUAGCAGGGGCAGCAGCACUAGAAGUGGAGCUGUCGUCGUGUGUGGACUCUUCGCCUCUUGCUCUCGUGGUGGACUUGGGCGAUCGAGAGUACACUGUGGAUGGCCAAUUCCUCUCCAACAAGCCAUUCCUCGAGGUACGGUAG